AAAACGCCGUAGCUUUUUUAAUUUUAGCGGUUUUGCAGUUUCCACCGGAAAAAGGGAAAAGCAAAAAAGAUUUGGACUUUGGUUUGAAAUCGAGAAGCCCUUCUCAAGAAAUCUCUCCCACUUCUGAAACUCUUUUGUUGGAUUUGGCCCGAUGGGGAAUUUGUUCGUGAAGAAACCAAAGAUCACGGAGGUUGAUCGAGCGAUUCUCUCUCUUAAAACCCAAAGACGCAAGCUUGGUCAAUAUCAGCAACAGCUUGAGAAAGUAAUUGAAGCUGAGAAGCAAGCUGCGAGAGACUUAAUCCGUGAGAAGCGAAAAGAUAGGGCUUUGUUAGCACUGAAGAAGAAGCGGACGCAAGAAGACUUGUUGAAGCAAGUAGAUCAGUGGGUCAUCAAUGUUGAGCAACAAUUGGCAGAUAUUGAACUUACAAGCAAGCAAAAGGCAGUCUUUGAGAGUUUAAAGCAAGGUAAUAGUGCAAUUAAGGCGAUACAGAGUGAGGUCAACCUUGAUGAUGUUCAAAAACUAAUGGAUGACACUGCCGAGGCCAAGGCUUAUCAGGAUGAACUGAGUGCCAUAUUAGGUGAGAAACUAUCAGCAGAAGAUGAAGAAGAGAUCUUAGCAGAAUUCGACAACCUAGAAAGUCUGCUGAUUGAUGAAGAUAUGCCUGAAGUGCCUACGACAGAGCUCGUGCCUGAAGAACCUGAGAAAUUGGAUCUCCCUGAUGUGCCAACAAAAGCACCGGUGGCUUCCAAUGCAGAAAUCACUCCAGCUCCAACAAAGAGAAAAGUUCUUGAAGAACCUUUGGAAGCUUGAUUUAGAAAUGAAGAAUCUGAUCAACUACUUCAUAGCCAUGGGUUUAUAUAAAUCAUUCUUUGGAAACUUUUUGCUUCUGGGCUCUUGAAAGCUCCUUUGUGUAUUUUUCUUCUUACUUCUGCAGCUUGUAAAGCACCAACAAGUUCAUGGAGUCUCUCCUCUGUGAAAUGGUUGUUUCUGAACUCAUCUCAGAGUCUUUGACCUGAACAUAUGAAAGUUUGAAUGACGUUAACACUUAGUGGGAUCAUAUAAUUUUUUCUGAGUUCAAUCAAA